CUGCAUUCAUAAACCAACUUUACUCUGCAACUCCCCUCUCUCUCUCUCUCUCUCUCUCUAAACAUACACAAUAUAUUGUAGUAUUUCAUAAAACACAACUCUUUCUCUCUGCUGCUCCUCAUUUUUUGAUAGAGAAAAGCAGAGAAUAAAGUGAAGAACAAAGACAAGAGAAAGAGGAGAGGAGAGAGAGAGAGAGAGGGGUCACGGGUGCAAUGUGCAGCAACAUGUUGAGAAUCAACAGUUUACUGAGUACCAUAGCCUUGUAUUUGUGUGUUUUUUCUUCUUCUUCCGUCACAGCCUCUGUUACUUACGACGACAAGGCCUUCAUCAUUGACGGCCAAAGGAAAAUUCUCAUUUCCGGCUCCAUUCAUUACCCAAGAAGCACCCCCGAGAUGUGGCCUGAUCUUAUCCAAAAGGCAAAAGAUGGGGGAUUGGAUGUGAUACAGACUUAUGUAUUUUGGAAUGGGCACGAACCUUCUCCUGGACAGUAUUAUUUUGAGGGGAGGUAUGAUCUCGUGCGAUUCAUAAAACUGGUGCAACAAGCAGGUCUCUAUGUUCAUCUCAGAAUUGGCCCCUACGUUUGUGCUGAAUGGAAUUUCGGGGGAUUCCCUGUUUGGCUGAAAUAUGUUCCAGGAAUUGCUUUUAGAACAGACAAUGAGCCUUUUAAGGCGGCAAUGAAAAAAUUCACGGCGAAGAUCGUUGACUUGAUGAAGUCAGAAAAUUUGUUUGAACCUCAAGGUGGUCCAAUUAUCAUGUCUCAGAUAGAGAACGAAUAUGGACCGAUCGAGUGGGAAAUUCAUGCUCCCGGUAGGGCAUACACGAAAUGGGCAGCCGAAAUGGCUGUAGGCCUCGGCACUGGUGUCCCGUGGAUUAUGUGCAAACAAGAAGAUGCUCCUGAUCCAAUCAUAGACACUUGCAAUGGUUUUUACUGUGAAGGCUUCAAACCGCACAAGGACUAUAACCCUAAAAUGUGGACCGAGGCCUGGACUGGUUGGUAUACAAGGUUUGGAGGUCCAGCUCCUAAUAGACCUGUUGAGGACUUGGCAUUUUCUGUCGCGAGGUUUAUACAGAAUAACGGAUCUUUUGUCAAUUACUAUAUGUAUCACGGAGGAACAAAUUUUGGCCGAACAGCUGCUGGUCGCUUCGUUGCCACUAGCUACGACUAUGACGCUCCCAUUGACGAAUAUGGAUUACUGAGGGAACCAAAAUGGGGACAUCUGAGAGAUUUGCAUAAAGCCAUAAAGCUAUGUGAACCUGCUUUAGUUUCCACAUAUCCUACAGUAUCCUGGCCUGGCAAUAAUCUCGAGGUUCAUGUAUUCAAAUCCAAAUCAGCUUGUGCUGCAUUUCUUGCAAACUAUGACACAGAAUCUUCUGCAACUGUGACAUUUCAAAAUAAGCAAUAUGAUCUGCCGCCUUGGUCCGUCAGCAUUCUUCCUGACUGCAAAACUGAAGUUUUUAACACAGCAAGGAUUAACUCCCAAAGUUCAAAGAUGAUAAUGGAACCUCUACGAACCGGAGCGUUUGAUUGGCAAUCAUACAGUGAAGAAACUGUAUCGGCGGACGAUUCAGACACACUGACAACUGAUGGACUAUGGGAGCAAAUCAACGUGACAAGAGAUGCCUCGGACUAUCUGUGGUACCUCACCAAUGUGAAUAUACAACCGGAUGAAGGAUUUCUAAGUAACGGACAGUAUCCGGUUCUUACGGUCAUGUCAGCAGGCCAUGCUUUGCAGGUUUUCAUCAAUGGGAAACUAUCAGGAACUGUUUAUGGGGGAUUAGAGAAUCCAAAGCUGACAUUUAGUGACAAUGUGAAGCUGAGAGCAGGCAUUAACAAGAUAUCUUUACUAAGCAUUGCUGUGGGUCUUCCGAAUGUUGGCCUGCAUUUUGAGACAUGGAAUGCUGGGGUUCUUGGCCCUGUCACAUUGAAGGGUCUUAAUGAGGGGACUAGAGACUUAACAAAUCAAAAGUGGUCUUACAAGAUUGGUCUUGAAGGUGAAGCUUUAAGUCUUCAUACAAUCAGUGGAAGUUCCUCUGUAGAGUGGGUUGAAGGACCAUCAUUGGCUCAAAAGCAGCCCAUGACAUGGUACAAGACAACAUUCAAUGCACCAGAAGGAAAUGAUCCACUAGCUUUGGAUAUGAAUGGGAUGGGGAAAGGCCUAAUAUGGAUAAAUGGUGAAAGCAUCGGGCGCCAUUGGCCUGGAUAUAUAGCAAAGGGUCACUGCAACGGCUGUAGCUAUGCCGGGACUUUCAAUGAGAACAAAUGCCAAACUAAUUGUGGAGAACCCUCUCAGAGAUGGUACCACAUUCCACGAUCGUGGCUAAAACCGAACGGGAAUCUGUUGGUUGUGUUUGAAGAAUGGGGCGGUGACCCUACUGCGAUUUCUUUGGUUAGAAGGAGGACUGAAAGGGUUUGUGCUGAUAUCUAUGAAGGGCAGCCAAGUCUCAAAAAUUGGCGUAUGGUAGCCUCCGGGAGACAUGAUAACCUACAAUCAAAAGCCCAUUUGUGGUGUCCACAGGAGCAGAGAAUCUCUGAUAUCAAGUUUGCAAGCUAUGGAUUGCCACAAGGAACGUGUGGCAGCUUUCGGGAGGGAAGUUGUCAUGCUCACAGGUCGUAUGAUGCGCUCAAAAGGAAUUGUAUCGGGAAUCAAUCUUGUUCAGUUAGUGUAGUUCCUGAUGUUUUUGGAGGAGAUCCGUGUCCAGGCAGCAUGAAGAAAUUUUCAGCUGAGGCGGUCUGCAGCUGAAAUCAUGUUAACCACACAAAAGCCCGAAAAGAGUUUUUUUGCUUUCGGUUCAAUUUGUAGAGACAUAAUGCAUACCAUUUGGCCAACUAGAGAACACAAAGGCCUGCAAUAAGGUUUCAAUUAUUUGCCAUUAGGUACAUGAAGGUAGAAAGGGAUUAAAUACAACUACAGUCAAAGGUUUAGUCCGAAGAAGUUUUAGGUCAAUUCAUUCAACUCCCAGGAGAAUCGAUGUACUCUCUUUGUAAAAGCAAUAACAGUGUCCGUUCAAUGAUCAUAUACUGUUUUUUUGUUC